GGAGGAGGAGGAGACCAACUGGCCAGGCAGCAUCAGCAGCAGCAGCAGCAGCAGCAGCAGACACCUGAGAGCAGGAUCUGAGUUUGUUUCUGUAACGUCAAAGGCAGGUUUAUUGUGGUCAUCACUAUGACUGAUGGGGAUUAUGACUACCUUAUAAAGCUCCUUGCCCUGGGGGACUCCGGUGUGGGGAAGACCACCUUCCUGUACCGAUACACAGAUAACAAGUUCAACCCCAAGUUCAUCACCACAGUCGGCAUCGACUUCAGGGAAAAGAGAGUGGUGUACACAGCAUCCAACCCCAAUGGGACAACCACAGGGAAAACCUUCAAGGUUCACCUUCAGCUCUGGGACACAGCUGGACAGGAGAGGUUCCGUAGCCUGACAACGGCGUUCUUCAGAGACGCCAUGGGGUUCCUGCUGAUGUUUGAUCUCACCAGCCAGCAGAGCUUCCUCAAUGUCAGAAACUGGAUGAGCCAGCUACAGGCCAACGCCUACUGUGAGAACCCAGAUAUCGUGUUGGUAGGAAACAAGGCAGACCUGGCCGACCAGCGGGAGGUUCAGGAGAAACAGGCCAAGGAGCUGGCCGAUAAAUACGGGAUCCCGUACUUUGAGACGAGUGCAGCGACGGGAGUAGAGGUGGACAAGGCGGUGAUAACGCUGCUGGACCUGGUCAUGAAGAGGAUGGAGCAGUGUGUCGACAAACCGCCCGCCGAGCCCGCCAAUGGGAACGGGGCCACAAAGCUCGGUGACGCACAGCCCAACGAGAAGAAAUGUGCAUGUUAGAUCAAGAGGCGAUUCAGGAAACGACCAGUCAGCACUCCUCCGUUCUCCUCUGUUCUUUCAACUCACUCACAUUCUUUUACUUUCCUCCUUCUGUCAUCUUUGAUUAAUUGUUUCUUUGUCUUCUCCUCACUCCCGUCUCUCUAAAAGCUAACCUUUAACCAUCUUCUUUUCUUUCUUUUCCUCCCAAACUGUCUGCCUCUCUGGCAACAACCCUAUCUCCCUCUAGUGGAUAUUCAAGACAUUACAUCCUCAGCCUGUCUGCCUUUGAGCUCUGUUUAGGAGGAAGUUAAAACAGGAGGGGGGCAGUUUCGUCACUGUCAGACACAUAAUGUGCCUCGUUUAAAACAUGCGGCCUGGGAAUUAAGCUCUGCACGCUCCCACUUUUUCUGCUCGCAAGAGGUUAGGAUGAUUUAAAUGGCUGUAAACAGUCAAAAAGAGAUGUUUAAUACUUUAAUUUCAACUUUUUAAAAGGCUGAUCUGUUCACCACUUUGAAACAGGGGGAAAUAUUUUGCAUCCUGCUCAGGCUGGCACUGGUUUAAUCCAGCCUAAUCUGGGCCAUAAAGAGUUUAACGUCAGGCUGUGUAUCUGUGUCAGUUCCUGAAGGUUUCCCUCCUGGACCAGGCAACUAUGUGACCAGUGGGUUUUUAUUCUUAUCACCCCCCCCUGUUUCACACUGUGUGUUCUAUGCUGUACCCAUGUUUGCCAAAAAAAAAAAAGCAAAUUUUUCACCGCAGUCUGGUUCACUAAUUCUAGAAGAUUGCUAAAAAUGCACCCAAUCGUGUUUUGUAUAAUUAGCCACAGUGUCACGUAGGAGAUCUUCAACACCCGAGCGACAGUGGCUGUUGACAGCUGACUGCGUUUCUAAACAUACAACCUAUCAGCUGUUAUGUUUUGGAGUAAAGAGACUCUACAGUGUUUCACUGACUUUCACAUGGACACAAAUCAGGCAGAGUUAAAAACUCACAACACUAUUCUGUAUCAGUCUUCGCGCCGCAGAGCCAAAAUCCUGCUAUCCACAACAGUUCCGCACGUUUACGGUUGUUGUGACUGUUGGGUAAUUGCUUUCUGUGCCAAUACUGAGCGCUCAUCCCUCUUUACAUCUGACUUUUGAUACCAAAACGACAGCAUGCGGCAAGUUUAGCCAACGUAACCGACACAACUGUGCUUUGUUUGUUCGUACAGGACUGCCAUAUGAAUGAUUAGACCCAGCGUGUUUUGGACACUUUGGAAAUACUUUUACAUCACACUGAUAGCAUUGGAUACUUGAUCAUUUUUCUAAGUAUACAUGCUGGACACAGCUAACUCUCCAUUAGACCUCCAUGAUGGUGUCAGACUUGGCUGAUUGCAGUAUACCAUUCAUAUUCAUGGGUACAGCAUGGUACGUGUUCGACGGAGGAAAUGAGUCUACAUUGUAUGUCAUUAAUAGAGUGUCUACUGCCUUGGCUUGUAAAGCGUUAUUCCACUGUCAAGAGACAAACUUAAUCUCUGUUGGAGUAUAGGUUUAGGUCAGCUGUGUUGGUUGCUCUGGGAGUCCACUGUCACCAUGACUUACGAACCUUUAACUGAAAACAUAAUUGUAAUACAGCCUAAAAGAAGAUGGCUAUUUUAUAGAUAGAGCAAAGACGGCAUUUGAGUCAGUUAUAGCUGCACUGACAAAAACGUAUAUGAACAGGUGAGUGGAGAGGAUAAUCAUAUCUAAUACGAAUCCUUUUUUUUAUCAUGAAAGUAAACCUUUCUGAGAAUGGAAGAAAUGCCAAACAUCAGUCAGGUGACGUUGGAUCUUCAGGGCAGCUGAUUUUAAUUUGACCUUUCAUCUCUUUUCAACAGAUAAUCCGACAAAGUGAAACAUCGCUUCAAGGCCCCGUAAAUGACCAAUGUUGUUAGAAUAUAAAGUGACCAGUUAUUUAAAUUACAAGAAAUGUAAAACAUAGAAUCAUAUUUCACGUUUUUGUCAUAUCCUUUAUAUCUCUCACACUCAUUUAUUCUUUUGUUGUUAUUAUUUUCAUGUCCGUCAACAGCCUGUUAUCUCAACUGCAUUUCUAUUUGUGAUAUAUUUUUUCACUGUUCUGCUCUUAAGCACAGUUGUCGAAUUAUCCCAAAAUUACAAAUUCAUCAACAAAAUGUGUCUCUAACAUGAACGAAAAUACACUUUUAUAAAUUCCUGAAGAUGUACAGUAGAAAUUGUUUGCUUUGCUCUGGACUGGACUUUUUUUGCCUCAACACUUGAAGUUAUGUGGACCAAGUUUUUGUCGUGCUUUGUCGUGCAAUACUAUUUGGUGUUAUUUCAAUGCAUACCAGACCAGUUAACAGUUGGUGUGAAGAGAAGCCAGUGAAAUCAUGGCAUACUGAAACCAAAAUCCACUGAGUUCAGUAUAAAAGGCUGCGUGUUUUGUACCGCGAUGCUACGCUUGAGCACAGUGAAAAGCAUCCACCUUUAGAAGCCAUUUAGACGGAACUUUACUAUAAAACUUCAGUUUAUUUAAAAGUCAAAAAUUGGCUUUGGUUCCAAGAUUGUCUCUUUUGUUUAAAGUGCAACUCAACAAUGUUCCUCUUAUCUAGUAACACCUUGAUCUGCCUUACUUCAUAAAAAAUCUUGAGCCAACCUUAUGUGCACCAGAAACAAGGGAAAUUAUCAUCAUUAUCAUUUUUGCUUGCCACCUGCUGCCGAUUAAAUCUUAUUUUUUCCUUCAGUGAACCAAGUCGGAAGGUUUUUAUCAUAGUCCCAACUCACAGCUGUAGGAUAUUAAGAUAACUGCAGGGUGGUUUUCAAAGUAUACUGAAACCAGUGGCUACCCAAAUGGGUCACCAGUAAUGUUAAGUAUGUAACGUGUGGCUAAUUGAUGGCAAGUUAAAGCACACACGGAGCUAUGGCGUUGUCACGUAUAUUUAAUCUGACCGUGUGCCAAAUAAAAACCAGAAACACCACAAAGAAGCGUUUGUUUUUCGACAAACCCAAACCUCAUUCUGCUUUUCAUUCAGGGGAAAACUUUGCAGUUUUUGCGUCUGGGAGCCAAGCAGAGUCAUCUGCCAACAGCUGAUCUCAGUGCCAUAUUAAACACUAAUAAGGGGGCAGACACACAGACAGACAGACAGACAGACAGAGCUGGCUCACAUUGUAACAUUCUCUCCCAGCUAUUUAGCCGCAUUAUAGCGAUAAUAUUCCCAGAAAAUACUGUAUCUCUGUAGGUUUGUUUGUACUGUUUCAGCUUAUCGUCUGCUUACUUUUUUUGGUUCAGAUCUGUAGAUUUCAUCUUUUACUCUGGUUCUAAUUUAUAUAAUCAUAAUGUACAGGUUACAUUAGCCCUGUUCUUUAUUUUUUCUGUACAUAUUUCCAAACAUUUAACAGGACACCUUGAUGAACUCCUCUUACUAUAGGCAGUGACCGAAAGUAGCUAAGUACACUUACUCAAGUACUGUAAUUAAGUAUAAAUUAGAGGUACUUGUACUUUACUUGAGUAUUUCCAUUUUACUAUACUACUUUAUACU